CCCAAGUUCAUGGCGUAUGCCGAAUAUGAGUUCCAUCUCAGCCAAUUCCGCGCACAUCUUUCCGGAACGACACCCCAUCCACUUCCUGCCUCGUUCAUUGCACCGACUGGCUACUGGACUUCGGCCGAAAAAGACGCGUUCUUCCAUGGCUUGCAAAUACAUUCGCGUAUUAGGCCAGACCUCAUUGCUGCUGGAAUAAAAACAAAAACGGCCAUUGAUGUCUGCACUUAUAUUGACCUGCUCGAUGCUGCUGCUGAAGAAUUUGCCCCUGUGCCAUCUCUGAGAGCUUUGUUAAAGCCUGCAAUGGAGAUGUCUGACUUGUGGAUUGAGCACGAGGAGUCUCAAGCCCCCAAACUAGUGGAAAUGGAACGCGAAAUGGAAAAGGACGAGCCCGACGAUAUGUCUGACACUGAAAACGAUACCUGGCAAAAGGAGAACGCGCUCUCGAGGCUUAAUGUCCACCACUUGUCUGCUCUAGAUAAAAUGCGGCGCCAUGCUUUUCGAGACCCUCCUUCCGAUGGCACGACAGCUCCAGAAUCCAAACGCCGUGCCUAUAAGCGUCUAUAUAUGAGGAAGAAACGGGCCGAAACUACAGGCACUGAUGCCGACCUUGACUCAGUCAAGCUCAUUGUGGGUCGAAAGGUGACAAGACUGCUCGGGCGUAAACCUCGGCCUGCUAAAUACAAAGUGCGAGGGACCAAGAAAUGGAUACACUCCAUAGACGGGGGACAGCAAAGGAAAAUCACCCCAGCAGUGACUUUGGAGGUACAGGAGUCCAGUUCGUCAUCGGGUGAUUCGGACACCAAACACACUCGCAAAGGUGGUCUUCCUUCAGUCUCUAGGGCUACUCGCGAACUCGAAAAGAAAGGUAUUGACGCCAGCGUUCUCUCCGAUUCUGAACUCGAUGUCUUCGCGCUGUCUGUUCUUGGCAAGCUAAUGAAGUCUACCCACAAUGAUGUGGCGCCUGAGGGGGUAGAAGAGAAAUUUCGGACUUGCCUUUCCUUCGAGACGGUUGUCCUGCUCAAAGAUAUACUACUGGACUUCAUCACUCCCGUAAUCCACAACGCCAUAUCUCUACGAGAGAAGGAGGUCACCUUGAAGCAGGACAUCACGGUUUGGCGUUUAGACAAGCAGGACGAAAUAACUGCGUCGAAUGUGAACGAUGCUCUCAGAAUGCAUCCACAAUCCUACGCCUUUGCGACGGAGGAAGACCGCAGUGAAGUCGAAUCAAAUGCGUCAGAGUCCGAUGACGAGGGAGAGCGUCGAUUUACCGAGGACAAAGCUGAUUUUCCUCUGCGGCUUUCUCUCGCCCGCGAAAUAAUGUCUCCAUUUAUCAACCUACUAACGGAAGACGACGAUGACGAUCUUUUGGCGGCUGACACAGACGAAGACGAACUGAUAUGCGAAUUAGACGAGGAAGUGGUGCUGGACGGUUUAGAUCGCCAGAAAGAGGUUGACUAUGACAAGGAACUGUGGAUAGCAACUAGACAACAUGUAUUGUAG